CGCUUCAGCAGUUGCAACGUUGAGCUCCUAUCGUCACCAUGUCGCGUCGCGAGGAGUCUCAACCCACGCGCGAGUAAAUUCAGCAUCCCUUAGUUUUUCGUCCAGUUUCUACUUAAGUCGUUCUCUUUAAUACCGUGUUGGUUUCAGUUUGUUUCGAGCUUUUUUGGAUACCAGACGUGACGUUUUUCGAACCAGGAUUGAGCUGUAGUUGUGCAUUCAUUUCGAAGAGGGCUCAUCCAUCUAAUCUCUUCAAACAUGCUGCCGGAAUCAACUCGAGGGUUGAAAGGAACUCCAUAGUGCUUGUGUCUGCAAUAAACGAUAAAAUUUGAACUCCAUAGUGCUUGUGUCUGCAAUAAACGAUAAAAUUUAUAGAGUUUAUUCGUGAAAUAUAUUUGUGAUCGUUCGCAAAUACCGCUGUCUUCCAAUUUUUGGACCAUUUCCUCAUAGCUUUCAAAAAGGUCAAACAAUGGUCAGUACGCAAUGUGACGGGUGCCUGUCGCGUUGGAGUGUAUCUAUUUCGUCCUAGUUCGUUAACCUAUCCGAUCAGUGUGGUGGCGUAUCGCUAUUAAAUUCCUAUUCAAUCUGAAAUUCUUGCAUAUAAACGGUUUCAUCUCAGAAUCGCGGAAUUGUUCUCAGUAGACCACCACAUUUACUCUCGCUCAUUUUGGUGAUUCUAGUUCGCAGCUCUACUGUUCUUCGUCCGAGAAGUCUUCUACGAAAGAAGCACCGUGUUCAGCACGCAACCCGGUAUAUUUUUCUCGUUAUGUAAUUACAGCCAGACAUUUCAAAAACGCCUUGACAUUGUUUCUCUAUUUUAAUCGAACCGAUCAGGAUUAAUUUAUUCCCUUAAAAUACGUCAAAUUUUUGCCGGGCUUUGCCGCGAGUUAUGUGUAACCAGAGUUGGUCCGACCUGCCGACUUCGUGCUCAUUCGCCGGUUUUUUCGCUUACUUCACUUUCAAUCUGCUCCACGAAUAAUAGUGAAACCCGUAACGCACUCCUCAAUUAAAAGUGUAUCUGCUGUGCGCCUAACGAAACGCGACUGUGUUGAUGUGCUAAUCCAAUGGUAACCAUGUGUUUGUGCGGCCCGUAACUAGUUGCCCCCAACCCAGAACACUAAAAUGAAAAUUUCGUUGUGAGGAAUCCUCAGAAAUCAAUCUCGGGAGUCUUAUCGUUCAUUUUUUCCGACAGGUAAUCGCCUUCAUUUUCUCGUGAUACUGCUUGUUUUGCCCCGGAAUUAGUUUAAUUGCCUACCUGACCCGAAAGCAACCGAGGGCAUGAAAAUAAAAAUAUCAAACUAAGCGCUCAGAAUAAUACCGCGCCUUCGUUUGCACGUGAUACUGCACACAUUUUCCUUCAGCUCCUUUACUUGCCUGGUCGACCCAAACCCUCAUUUUAAGCGAUUCUAGGCAUCCAUCGAGAGCGCCUUUAUUUUCACGUGAUACUGCACGCUUUGCCCAGCGGAUAUUUUGGUUGCCUAGUCAACCCAGAUCCUCAUUUUAAGUGAUCCUAGGCCUUCAUUGAGAGCGCCUUCAUUUUCACGUAUUACUACAAGCUUUGCCCGGCGGAUAUUUUGGUUGCCUAGUCGACCCAGACCCUCAUCUUCAGUGAUCCGAGGCCUCCAUCGAGAGCGCCUUCAUUUUCACGUGAUACUGCAAGCUUUGCCCGGCGGAUAUUUUGGUUGCCUAACCAACCCAAGCCCGAAUCAAAGCACGGAAAUGAAGAUUUCGCAUUGAGGCAUCCGCAGAAAAAACCACGAAGAGCUCUCAAAACUAACACGAUCGCACGAUGGCGUUCCUGAAUUACAGUCUGGCCGGGAGCGCGUACCAGAACGCUCCGAUCGACUACGGGGUGAGUCAGCCUCUGCCGUUCACACCACCCCCAGCGGCCUACGACAACGGUUUCCAGCAGGCGCCUCCGAGGCCUACCCCACUGCCGGUGCCACCGCAGAUCCCCCAGUUCCGGACGCCGAGCCGGGAUGUUCCGGGGCCCGAGCCCGGUGGCUCGAACCGGUCGAGCACGUUCCAGCGGGCCAAGGCGGCCAUCCCGACCGGAUUCUACAAGCAGAUCUCACCCGGCGGCGGGUCCAAGACUUCGGUCCACGCUGUCAUCGACUACGACGACGACUUCGGUGAGGGUGACCUCGGUAACGGGGUAGGACCCGGCCCUGGUGGACCCAUCGCCCUCCGUGGCAACUCCACGCCCGUCGUCCCUAGGUACGCCUAUGAUGUCUACAACACCAACGGAACUCUCAUACAGAUCCCUAUACUAUGGACAGCGCUGUCCCUUGCCCUAGGCUACGAAGUUAGAGGAGACUUAAUACGAGGACUACCAUGUAUCAAACGCAACCAUCAGCUAUUCUGUCCCACAGCAGGAAACAGAUACCCGGCGGAGGAGAUCGAGAGAUUCAUCGAUGAGAACAAGGCCCUGGUGAAGCGGAUGUAUGGGGAGUUCGAGUCGACCCCGUACGGACAGUCGGCGUCGCAACCCUCGCCCGGGCAGGAAACGUUCGAGCCGUACCCCCGGACCAAGAGGAAAACAGGGACGAAAUGGAAGUCGGACGCCGACUGGGGCGGGACGCCGGCGCCCGGGCCGGACAUCCAGGGAUCCAGUCCCGCCGACGCCAAGUCGCGAUACUCCAGGCAGGCCCCCAAAAACCCACCCAAAGACGACUCCGGCAGAGUUGACGCUUGUCAAUCGAAGCUAGAAAUCAUCACUCCAUAUUGGGCGUCCAAUAGUGCGGGCAAGGUGCGCGCUAUCGUAAACACUCAGCACUUCGAGCAGUCAGUUCACCAAGAAACAUGCUCGAGAGCAUCAACUGGGCGGUGCGCGAAGGACUGCGGAUGCGAACAAAAAUACAAGUGGCACCGGCUAAUGGCUUAUGAUCCCGACAAUGACUGCAAAGGCAUCUUCAUGGAUUGGUUCCUCUUCCCGUCUUGCUGUGUUUGCCGCUGCAACCCACUGUAGAUACUAGUUACCAUAAACACCUACCAACUAUUGAUCAAUCUUUGUUCCUGUCACUCUCUAUUGCACUUGAAAUGAAAAUUUGUGAAUAAAAUCCAUUUUAAUCA